AUGACAGCCGGGACCGUGGUCAUCACCGGGGGCAUCUUGGCGACGGUGAUCCUGCUCUGCAUUAUUGCCGUCCUGUGCUACUGUCGGCUCCAGUACUACUGCUGUAAGAAGGAGGACUCCGAGGAGGACGAGGAGGAGCCGGACUUCGCCGUGCACGCGCACCUGCCCCCGCUGCACUCCAACCGCAACCUGGUGCUGACCAACGGGCCGGGGCUCUACCCGGCCGCCUCCACCUCCUUCAGCCAGAGGUCCCCGCAGGCCCGCGCCCUGUGCCGCAGCUGCUCCCACUACGAGCCGCCCACCUUCUUCCUGCAGGAACCCGAGGACGAGGGCGUGCGCAACGGCGGCGAGCGCGUGGCCUACGCCAGCUUCAGCCAGGAGGACCUGGAGCCGUCCCCCGGCGGGGGCUUCGGGGGGCUGCAGGCGCUCAACCCCAGCCGUCUCUCGGCCAUGCGGGAGGCCUUCGCCCGCAGCCGCAGCGUCAGCACGGACGUGUGA